GCGGGGGGCAUGAUGUGAGGGGCAUGGCGGCUGCCAUUUUGGGAGGGGAAGCGCUGAGGAGGGGCGGGGAGGGCGCGGGGCGCUGCGAGGACGUUUCCGUUGCCGGGGCGGGCGGCGGUGACCGUGGGGAGUCCUUCGGUGCCGCUAUGGGGCUGGACGGCGCCGCCGGGCGCGGCGGGGAGCCUGAGGAGGAGGAGGAGGAGGAGCUGGUGGACCCCCUGACCACCGUGCGGGAGCACUGCGAGCAGACAGAGAAGUGCGCCAAGGCGCGGGAGCGGCUGGAGCUGUGCGACGCCAGGGUGUCCUCCAGGUCCCAGACGGAGGAGCAGUGCACCGAGGAGCUCUUCGACUUCCUGCACGCCAGGGACCACUGCGUUGCUCACAAGCUCUUUACCAAGCUGAAGUGAACAUGGGAGUGAUUGUCCAUCUGCUUCCAUAAUCUGACAGAGAGCUCUUGUCGGUUCUCGGAUUCACAGUUCUGCUUCCUGCCUGUUUAUUGUCAAUGUGAAGUAAAAACGGAGCGGCUUUCGGGCAGUGACUGAGUGCCAGCAUGUCACUGUAUCUGUUCUCAUGGAAGAUGUGCAGCUACACAAACUGUGUUGAUGUUCUGUAAUUUUCCAUAUUAAACAUUCAAAGUUCCUGUGGAAA